AUGGCCUCGAGAAAAACCGUUAAUCGCCGUCAACGGCCACAACGUGCCACUUCCAAUGUCUUCGCCAUGUUCGAUCAGGCUCAAAUCCAAGAGUUCAAGGAAGCCUUUAACAUGAUCGACCAGAAUCGUGAUGGAUUCAUUGAUCAGGACGACUUGAAGGACAUGUUCGCUUCCCUUGGAAAGGAAGUUAGCGAGCAGUUUAUCGACGCGAUGAUCAAUGAGGCUCCCGGCGCGCAGCCUAUCAAUUUCACCAUGUUUCUCACACUCUUUGGUGAAAAACUAACGGGAACGGAUCCCGAAGACGUCAUACGAAAUGCGUUCCAAUGCUUCGACGAAGAUAACAACGGAAAAUUGAACGAGGAUCAUUUGCGCGAGCUUCUCACCACUAUGGGCGAUCGUUACACUCACGAGCAGGUCGACGAGCUUUUCCGCGACGCUCCGAUCAAGAACGGACAAUUCGACUAUGUCGAGUUCACUCGCAUGCUCAAGCACGGAACCAAGGACAAGGAUGAGCAAUAA